AUGUCGGUGGCCAACAUCGCAAUGGACUUGAUCAGGAGCGUUAAGCGCAGCCCCCCGCAUCGGCUUGCACCCUACGAGGAUGACAAGGUCCGCCGUUGUAUGGAAGAGAUGCGAAAGCUUUAUGAGGAGAAUCGUCAGGAUGUGCUAAGUCUUCGGCUGCCCUCUCAAAGUUCCAGCUCAACGGAUGAUAGCGCCGCUCUGAUUGAUAGUGAAAAUAUCGUGCAAGCUGUCGUCAUCCGACACGCUACAAUGGAACGCGUGAAAAGAUGCCUUCUAGCCUAUCAUCAUGCCCGUCUCAUGCAAAUUAAGGAGAUCCGUUGGCAGUACGGUGCUGGAGUACCUAAAGCUGCGCAGACUCAAUUUUACGGCCCAAUUAUGAUAAGUUCAAGGCAGUACUUUCUUGGUAUACCGAUUGAGUUAGGCCUUUGGCUGUCUAGUGCCCUCUCUGGUCGCACUGUCCUCUUUUGCGGUCCAUAA